AUGUACCGGGCUACGCAUCGAUCGGAGAACGCCCAUGAGGAAGGAAUCUGGAGUGUAGCUUGGACCGAAGCAGACAACAUCCUGUCCGGGAGCGUUGACGAGCGCGCGAGAGUAUGGUGUUCGGAGUUGGCCCCCGUGCACUCUCUCAACGGCCACCGUUUAGGGGUCUUGAGCGUUCGGGCAUUCAACCACGGCAAAGAGGCGGUGUCAAGUUCGAUAGAUAGCUGCAUCCGAUUCUGGGACUUGGAGAGCGGGGAACAGACCGCUGUGGAGGAGCCGGGACCAGUGGAGGCGUGGACGUUGGCGGUGAGCACGGACGACAAGCUCCUGGCGUCGGGAACACAGAAGGGAUCCGUCAACCUCUGGGCUUUGGAUGGGCACAAAAAGGUGGCAUCGAUGGAAACGAGAGACAAGUUCGUGAUGAGCGUGGCGUUCAGCCCCGACAACAAGUACCUGGCCUCGGGGGGACUGGACGGGUUGGUCAACAUCUUCGAUGUCGAACAAGCUAAGCUGCACCAAAAGCUGGAGGGCCACGCGAUGCCCAUCCGCAGCCUGUGCUUUUCAGCGGACGGCUCGCUGCUCUUCACGGCGUCGGACGACAUGCGGGUCAACGUCUACGAUGUGAAGAACACGAGUCUGGUGGCGUCCUUCACGGGACACACGUCGUGGGUGCUGAGCGUGGACUGCUGUCCAGACGGUCGGCACUUCGCCACAGGGGGAAGCGACCAAACGGUUAAGAUCUGGGAUAUGGCCGCCAAGGAAUGCGUCCACACCUUCGACUCGGCACACAACAACCAGGUGUGGAGCGUGGCGUACAGCCCAGCGGGGGAUAAACUCGUGUCCGGCUGCGAUGACGGAGUGCUGCAGGUCUUCGAGAAGGCAGCAUGA